GACAGAUUUACAUAGCUGGGCGGAUGUAACUUGAAGGGGGAAAAAAAAAUACCCAUCUUUCUUUUCUAGUGAAUAUAUAAUUAGGAUUCAAAUAUAUAUUCACUUAAGAACAUAGAGAACUGAGAAAGUUAGAUACUUGCAAGAAAAGAAAGAUGGCAGGAGGUGCUUUUGUUGCUCAAGGAGGGAGGAACUAUGAAGGCGGCGUUACCGUCUUCGUCAUUGUCACUUGCUUGGUCGCCGCCAUGGGGGGUCUCAUUUUCGGUUACGAUCUCGGAAUUUCGGGAGGGGUCACCUCAAUGGAGCAGUUCUUGACCAAGUUCUUCCCAUCGGUACACAAGAAGAUGACAAACGAAAGCGGCGAACAGAACGCAUACUGCAAGUUGGACAGCCACCUGUUUACGCUCUUCACCUCGUCCCUCUACCUCGCUGCGUUAGUAGCUUCCUUCUUUGCUUCCUCGAUUACUAGGGUCUUCGGCAGGAAGCCCACCAUGUUCUUGGGAGGUUUGGUGUUUUUGAUCGGCUCCAUUCUGAAUGGUGUCGCCGAGGGCAUCAUAGUCCUCAUUGUUGGUCGUCUGUUGCUUGGUGUGGGUGUUGGUUUCGCCAAUCAGUCCGUACCAGUUUACCUAUCAGAAAUGGCACCAGCAAAACUCAGGGGAGCACUCAACAUGGGGUUCCAAAUGGCCAUCACCAUCGGUAUUCUGGUGGCCAACCUUGUGAACUAUGGGACAGCCAAGAUCAAGGGUGGCUGGGGAUGGAGAGUCUCAUUGGCACUGGCCGCCGUCCCUGCUAUCAUGAUGACAGUUGGUGCCUUUUUCUUGCCCGAAACUCCCAACUCCAUCCUCGAAAGAGGCAAUCAAGAGAAGGCCAAGAAGAUGCUGCAGAGAAUCCGUGGCACUAACAACAUCGAGGAGGAGUUCCAGGACCUUCUAGAAGCUAGCGAGGCUGCAAAGAAAGUGCAACACCCAUGGACGAACAUCCUUCAACCCAAAUACAGGCCUCAGCUUGUGAUCUGCUCUCUUAUCCCUUUCUUCCAGCAGCUCACUGGCAUUAAUGUUAUCAUGUUCUACGCUCCCGUCCUUUUCCUGACUUUGGGAUUCGGGGACGAAGCUUCUCUCAUGUCUGCUGUUAUUACCGGCAUCGUCAAUGUCGUUGCCACUGUGGUCUCCAUCGUCACUGUUGACAAGUUCGGUAGGAGGAUUUUGUUCCUUGAAGGUGGUAUCCAAAUGAUCAUUUGUCAGAUCGGUGUCGGAGUGAUGAUUGGCUUGAAGUUUGGCCUCAAAGGAGUAGGAACAUUGUCAAGCACCGAAGCCAACCUUGUGUUGUUCAUGAUCUGUGCCUAUGUGGCAGCAUUCGCCUGGUCAUGGGGCCCAUUGGGUUGGUUGGUUCCAAGUGAGAUCUGCCCAUUGGAGAUCCGCUCAGCCGGGCAAGCCAUCAACGUCUCAGUCAACAUGUUCUUCACCUUCAUCAUUGCUCAGGGCUUCCUCGCCAUGCUUUGCCACAUGAAGUUUGGUCUCUUCUUCUUCUUCGCCGGAUUUGUGUUGAUAAUGACAAUCUUUGUGGCCCUCUUCAUGCCUGAAACGAAGAACGUCCCGAUUGAAGAGAUGAACAGAGUGUGGAAAGCACACUGGUUCUGGGGAAAGUACAUACCAGAUGAGGCUGUUAUUGGUGGUAAUGUUGACAAGACCACCGGCCGUGUAUAGAGAUUGCUUCGUGUGGAGCGCUUUAUGUUGUGCUACUUAUUGUAAGCUCAAAAGGUGACAAAGUAGAAGAUUUAAGAUGUUAUAACUAAAGCGUGAGGAAUGAAGGAAAAUGUUUUAAGGGAAGAUUAGAAUUUCUUUUCUUCUUUUUGUUUCUCUUUUUGUCUCCAAAAAUAAAAUGCAAGGAAAUAAUUGAAAGUAUUGUAUUUAAAACUUUUGUACGUCUCCAUUUUGUAAGGACCAAAA